AUGACUACAACAUCAAAUGUAGAUGCACAGUGCUUUAGUGAUCUAGUCGGUCAAAAGAAUAACUUCAACAGUAAACUCAUACCACGGGAAUUGCACAGUUGGGGAACUACAAAAUCAAACCGUACUAUAGAUACAAAUACUGAAAUAACAUCAGAUCAUUUGGUCGAGCAACUGGUCCCAACACAAAGCUGGGGAAAGAAUUUCAUCACUUUCCCAUCACCAGAACGUGUUAUUGGUGACUUCGUACGCAUUUUUGCCUCCGAAGAUAACACGAUCUACACUGUGGACGGUGUUGAUCACACUCUUCAAGCGAACGAAUAUGAUAUCCAUAAUUUUCCUCAAAAUCAAUACACCUGGGUGAAUGCUUCGAAGGGAAUUCAAGUGGCUGUUUACAGUAAAACUAUCGGUAAAUCAUAUACAAAUGAUGGAGUAAAUGGUGGAGAUCCUGCUAUAUCAAUUUGCGCCCCAGUCGAAUUGUAUCACGCCGAUUACACGUGGAGUACAGUAACUACUACAUCUGGCGACUUUAACAAUUACAUCAUCGUCGUCACCUUGAGAGAUUAUGCUGAUGACCUUGUAUUAGAUAACGCUAAUAUGACUGCUACUUGGGUAGAUGUUCUUGGCAACAGUGAUUACAUCGGUACAUUUGUCAGCGUCAGUCCUGGCUCUCACAAUAUUUACAAUACUGUACCAGCUCAUCCAUUUCUUGGAAUAGCCUAUGGAAAUGCUCAGUAUAAUUCCUAUGCAUAUGCAGCCGGAACGCGCCUUGCUCCUAUUAAUUUGCCGUGUAGUCCAACUUCAACGGAUGCAGGCGAUGGUGUUGACAAUGACUGUGAUGGAAGGAUUGACGAAGAAACUGAUAACGGUAUCGAUGACGACGGUGAUGGUACUAUUGACGAGGAUUUAGCUAUUGCCCCAAGAGUUGACGGACAAUGGGGUGACUGGGCUACUUGGGGUACGUGUUCAGCCACGUGUGGUUCUCAGUCCGGUACAAAGGAGAGGACUCGUAACUGUGACAACCCAGCACCAGCGAAUUUCGGUCUCGACUGUGUCGGCUCUGGAACAGAGAGCCUUUCCUGCACAGGACCAUCCAAUCCAUGUCCAGUCAAUGGCGCUUGGAGUGACUGGGGUAAUUGGGGUUCCUGUACUGUCACGUGUGGCUCGGGUUUCCAGUUCCGUAACAGGUCAUGUGACAAUCCUCCAGCACAACAUGGUGGCAACGAUUGUGUCGGAAGUGACCAGGACAACGACACGUGUACCAUAAGCUCGUACUGUUUGCCUUCGAUGUUAGGAAAUAUCGACCUGGGAUGUGACAAUGUGACACAGUUCGGAUGUGCUGCAGGGGCCAUUAAGUGCAUCGACCUCACAUUCCGAUGUGACGGACAGGUGGAUUGUGACGAUGCCUCUGACGAAUCACACUUCUUUUCCGGAUGUGCUAAGUGCUCUGACAGGUCUUCGUCAGGACAUGUGUAUGGUAGCAUGUUGCAUAUUGGGAUUAGCAUGCUUCUGAUGUAUUUGUUCAAGGCUACAUCUUAUUAACUAAAGACUUUCUUCAACGGGUGUAAUUAUCUGUAGAUGCUCAAGCGUCCAUUGCAG